AUCAAACCAUUUACCAAACACUACGCGAAUAUUUGAUGUCGCCACCUGAGCCGGUAAGUCAUGAGGGGUUAUCUUUUCCAUGACCUGUUCAGUCAACGUACAUGCUCGAAACCAGGCAGUCAAGUUGAUAACCCAUCACCGCAAGUCCAAGGCCAUGGGAUUGUGAGCUACCGCGGUAUUGUUCAACCGAGAGUAAGGUAAACUUCUUGAGAUGAGCUGUCACACAUGUUUUCGCGCUCCAGCUUCGCGCAUACGAUUCUUUUGCCCUACCUGUGCCCGCAAUCAGCUGUAUCAGUUGCGGGUCGAAAACGCCAGAAUCCUGCUCGAAAAACAAUCUAUCGCGGAACAAAUCGAAACUACAGUGACACUUGGCACAGCCCAAGCAGAACAGUCAAGGAAACACGAUGUGAAUCCCGUAUCUUGCGAGGAUGGACUUUCUAGAGAGUGGUCUCUCCAAAUCAUUGCCAAGGAACAAGCCGAGUCCUCCACAAGGAUGAAAUCAGUCUCGGAUCAGAUCGAAAACCUAAUGUCUGAGAUCAACGACAAACGACUUGACAUUUCUCAACGGAGACUCGCAUUAGCACGGCAAAAUUCGGAUUCCGAAUCUGCGCAGUAUCUACUCUGUGAGCGGGAGGCUGCAAUGCUGGCUGGCAUACAGAACAAUACCAAGAGGACGGAUCAUCUCUGGCAUUCGCUUCAUAGCAAGACUGCAGAGGCCCGAAUAUUCCUUUGCCGAGAAGCUGCCAAUCUUUACGGGCUACAGCGAAAGACCAAGAACAAGGAUGGCGCACCCCAAGAGACGUAUACAAUAGGUGGUGUAGAUAUUAUCGACCUAAGGGACAUGAACGGAGCCACACCAGCUUAUAUAUCGACGUCCCUCUUUUAUGUUGCGCACCUUCUCAUCCUUGUUUCACACUACCUGUCUCUCAGACUUCCAGCAGAAAUUACAUUGCCACAUAAAGACCAUCCCACACCAACUAUAUCUGCACCCUCCGCAUCGUAUCUUUCUCGGGAAUCGUCAUUGCAUCCUUCACCUUCUGUAUUACCGGAACACAAAACAGACUCACCUCGCCCUCCCCGGCCUCGACCCCUCUUCAUCGACAGGGCGCUUCCGAAAUUGGCUAAGGAGGACCCAGGAACAUAUGCCCUUUUCCUUGAAGGUGUAACAUUGCUGGCUUGGAAUGUGUCGUGGCUGUGUCGCACCCAGGGCAUGAAUACAUUAUCAGACUCUUGGGAAGAAAUUUGUAAUGUUGGGAAGAAUAUGUGGCAACUACUUGUGGCCCCCCCCGCGCAGCCGUCCACUUUAUCAAGAGCUUUUGCUGGACGCGACAUACAGACGAAGAUAAGGAUACCGAGGGACUCUCCGAGGACUACUAUUCAACGCACAAUGUCAUUCCCUAUGCUAGGGCAUUACUCACACGGCACCGCACAUUCUUUUUUGGGUGCCGCCGAGGGCGUGGAAUUUACGCGCACUUGGAAACUGCCCACCCCAACUAGGGUUGUGGACAAGCUAAAGUCAACUCUGUUGGGAGAAAUGGCUAGUGCAGAAUGGGAGUUGCUGGAGGGCGACUUGGACGAUACAAUCCAGGAGCCAGGCCAAUCAAGAAUACUUCGACAGCCGUCUGCCGCCGCUGGCUCGCCUCACCAGCGGGGGCAGACUGGAGAUAGUAGUAUAGAUGGUACAAUUUCCGGUGCGGACACCUUAGGUGGACCUUACGGACCCACUCGGCUUAAGGGAACGAGUGGCUGGACCAAGUUGAGAAACAGGUAGAGAUGGCCAACGAACUGCUACACCUCGUUCAUCGAGUAUUUUUGUAAUAUGGCAUCGAGCGUUGGUUACCUACGCUCGUAGGCGUGCAAUUACACAUUUACUAUGUAAUCCUUGGUCUUGGCUGGGCUCCU